AUGGGCAAUUCAACAACAAAGACUCACGCCCAACCAUCAACGAAAGAAAGUACUUGUAUGAGUGAUGGUUCAGACAAAAUAAUUUGCAAUUUGUUUCCGAAUUAUUUGCUGGUUUUCUCAACACUAAAUCAUGACGAUGAAAAAUUGAAAGUUCCCGACAAAGAAAAAGUAUAUAAUUUCAAGAAUUUGAGUAUUUUGGAAGAAUAUUUACCUGAUGAAAUUAUAAUUUAUAUUUUACAAUAUUUACCAAUGAAAUGUGUGCUGAAGCUUGGAAGAGUUUCGAAAAACUUUUAUAAUUAUUGGAUCGAGUUUCCACAAUUGUGGAACAAUAAUUCGGAUCUGUGUACCAUGUUGUACUUACCACAGCGAUAUGAAAACAAUCAUCGAAAGAAUUUGCUGUUUUUUCACAAUGAAUUUAAACCGAAAAUUGUCAAUGCAUUCCAGUACAAGUCAUCCAAUAACGGUGCACCAUUUGUGGUAAAAUUCGUACUUGUUGGCUCUCAAAAGUGUGGCAAAAGUGUUCUUGCUGACCGAGUUUUCAAAGAUAUUCCCUAUGAAGAUAACUAUGUGAGUACCAUUGGAGUUGAGUUUCGAAGUAAAUUUUUACAACUCUCAGAGGAAGAACGAUAUGGUGUACAAGUAUGGGAUACGGCAGGAGAUGUAAGAUUUAGAUCCUUCAUUAUGAGCUUUUUUAAAGGCGCCAAAGGUUUUUACUAUUGCUUUGAUCUCAGUGAUCAUUCAUCCUUUGAAACUGCCCGUUCGAUAUUUGAGGAUUGGAAGUCACACAAUGGGAUUGAAAAAGUUUACGAAUAUUUGGAAUCGAAUGAUGCAUGCCUGAUACUACUAGGUCUGAAAUCUGACCUUCCACACAUGGUCACACAAGAUGAAAUUUUCAACUUUCUUGAAACCGUUAUUGGAAUCAGUACUGACAAGUAUUUACACCAUCACCGAAUUCAAUAUUUUGAAUUGAGCACAAAGAAGGAUUCAUUACAAGAUUUGAUAUUUCCUUUUGCUUAUGCGUGUACAAUUUUGAACAAACCCCAUUUCUUCUCAACUCCAAAAGUGUGCCAUUGA